AUGAUAGAAGGUCAAGCCAGGAUAGUUAUCAGUGGGGGAGGCCAGGGUAUCGGACGAGCACUGGCCCGUCACUUUGUGUCUCGCGGCCACAAAAUAUUUAUCCUCGACGUCAAUGAAGACAAUGUCAAGCACACGGCAGAAGAACAUUUGAAGGAGCAUGCUGAUCGAGUUGCGUGGUCCAAAUGUGAUUUGCGAAAUGUGGACGAGAUCCGCUCGACCAUCGACAAGGCUGCCAAAUUCCUCGAUGGCCGUAUCGACUUUCUUGUCAACAAUGCUGGAAUUUCGCACCCGUACUGGGCAGAUGGGAAGACCAUGGCCGAUCCUUCCACUCUGGACCAAUGGCAGGCGUACCUCGAGACGAAUCUGACCGGACCUUUUGUGACAUCGCAAGCAUGCAUCCCGUACAUGAAGGUCGAACGGCAAGAAGACAAACAGAAACUCCCCAACUCGAAUGUUGGCCGCGCGGGACCAUGUAUCAUCCACGUCAGUAGUUUUCGGGCACUCAUAUCGGAUCCGAACCAGGAAGGUUAUGCUUCGUCAAAGGCGGGCUUGCUUGGCCUCACUCAAAGCAUGGCCGUUUCGAUGCAGGCAUUUGGGAUUCGCGUCAACAUGGUAUCACCUGGCCGGGUCAAGGUCACUCAUGAGAACCCUUCUGGUGAUGAGAAUGGCGAAGAUUGGGACAAUGGAGAGGACGACGUCAACACUCAUCCCACCAACCGAGCAGGAAUGCCCGAGGACAUCGCCGAGGCUUGCGAGUAUCUUCUCGGAGCUGGCUUCGUGACGGGACAGAAUCUCAUUGUCGAUGGAGGUGUUUCAAAGGUUAAAGGGAAGGCGUAG